AGUCCUCUACCGGGCGUCCUUUAGUCCGCGCGCCGCUCCCAGGGCCAAGACGACUGUCACGAGUUGCCAAGUCGACUGCCUUGCAAGUUGACAGCAACCACCCCCCACCUCCUCUCUCUCUUUCUCCUCAUUCCUCGCGAACAUCUCGGACCAUGCCGCUGCCGCUGCCCGGAGCCUGAGCGAGAGGGGCGAUGUGGCGCAUCUACGGCGCGGUGCGCGCCUUUGGGCGCAGUCACUGCAAUCACCAGUGCCGGGUCACCCCUCAGCUCCCCCAGCACGGUGAAGAUGAGCUGGGGACCUCGCUCGGUCCCGCUCACUCCAGCUCGCAGACAUGGGGGUCCAGCGAAGGAAGCUCUCAGCAACAAGACGCAGGCCGGGCAGAGGGCAAGAGGACGAAGCAGGGCCGGCGUAGCUCCCGCUGCGAGUUCAUGCACUCGCCACCAAUCAUCGACGCUUUCUUUUGGGGAGCCUUUGUGACUCUAGGACUGCAGCUGGUCAAGCGUCUUCAUGAGUCUCUUCCGCGAGCAUGCCGAGACGACCGGCGUAAUGCCUCCGGCUCGAGGGUCAGCCGCUGCCUGUACAAGCUGGUCGGCACCGCUCUGCAGCCAUCCUGCCUGGGCCUGCAGCUCGGCAUCCUGCCAAAGUCAUCAACAACUUCUGGCUUCGAGUCAGAUGGGUUGGCUGCACAAGGACCAGCUGACCAAGCCACGGCUGCCACCGCACCGCACUCGCCCUAUCGGAGUGAAAGUGAAGCGUCAACUGCCCUGUCUUUUGGUGAACUGUCCUGGAGUGGAGAUGCUCCUGAGAAGGACUCUAUAGUCGAAGCCCAAGAGUGCUUAACGAGGGCUGCUGAGAAACUGCAAUCCGUUUCGGACAACUCUGUCAGUGUUGUUUUACACAUCAUGGGCUUGGAGAGAGCCAAGGGUGGAGAUGUCCAAGGUGCUGCUCGUUGGUUCACGAUGGCAGCUGAGAAGGGCUAUGCCAAGGCGCAGUACAAUCUUGGCCUUUGCUAUAACACUGGAAAAGGAGUGCCCAAGGACAUUAACAAAGCUGCGAUGUACUUCGCCCACGCAGCGGCGCAGGGCCACGCGAUGGCGCAGUACAACCUCGCGAUGUUCUUGAAGAAGAACAGCGGAGAGAACGCCGGCGCCGUCGAACAGCUGCUGGUGCAAGCUGCUCAUGGUGGACUCAGAGAGGCCCAGUCGUAUCUUGGUGUUUAUUACACAAAGGCGCCGCACAAGGAUUACAAUAAAGCAGUCAAGUUCUUGAAAAUGGCAGCAGAACAGGAGGACGUGGACAGCAUGCACCACCUGGGCAUUUGCCUUCAGCACGGGUGGGGCGUGGAGGUCGAUUUAGUGGCCGCCAGGAGCUGGUACGAGCGGGCGGCCGAGAGAGGACAGCCCGAUGCACAGCACAACCUCAUCGUCUUCCAGCUGCUGGACAUCGGAGGAACCAACCCAGCCUUGCCUGAUGAGAGACAAGGAGCAGAAGCUCAUCAAUCAUUGUCAGCAGCUGCCAGAAACCCAGAGGCAUUGCUCGGGGCCAGGCAUACUGCAAACCAUGGAACAGGUAGGGGCGCCCUGCCCGUCGCUCGUGGCGCCGAGGUUACUGCGCGGUUGCGAAGUGUUGCAUCGUCUCCGGCUCUCUUCCCUCCGCGCCACCCUGGCGGUGGCCGUGGUGGGUUCUCUGCACUGCCUGUGUGGGUGGACGGCGCGCGCUUGCCCGUGUCUCUGAGCAGCGGGAGGCUCGACAGCCAGCUGCUGCUUGACGGAGAAGAUGCGAACGUCGGCUGCGUCAGCGCUGCCUCGCACCACCUCGCGCUCGGGGGCCUACGGCACGUCCCGUGGGCUGUGGGUGGUGGAGUCUAGAAAUCCCUUGUCCACUGGAGCAUUCGAGCCGAGCCAGCGCGGGGCCCUUGCGCUACGCGCAGAUAGCUUGGGGGGGGCCUAACGAUGAGUUCUUCACGCCACCACAGUACACAGAGGACAACCGCGUCAGCUCAUCUACAUGUGACGUCAUCAUCGCCCACGGCUUAGCUAUGACGUCAUAACAACUUGGCACUGCAGUUUGCUUCGAUGCAGCCCAGGUGUAGUUCAGUUGUUUUACCGUGGAAAAGAGGUUUUGGAUGUAACAUUUGUAGCCACCAGUUUGAAAUUCAUUUACCUGGUCGCCAAAACACCACUGCCUCGUGUGUUCAGAUAGUAGCAUGUUCUUUUAGGGGAUUUAAAAAAAUAUUUAUCAACAUGAGCCGCUGUUGGUGAUGAUUUUACAAGUUAACUGAAUUUGAUCCACGCACUUAAAACAUUUGUAUUUGGUUAACUAUUAAAAUAUGGUCUCCAAUACCUGAAAUGUCAAAAGCUGUGCAAUUGUAUACAAGGUAAAUUUCAGCAUUCAACAGCUGUCCAGAACGCAAGGAAUUAUGUGGUGCUCUGGUAAAAUUUGACUUUCUUGCUGUGCCAUUACCUGAAAUGCAGCGAGUACGCACAAACUCUAAAUGCUUAAGUAUUUAAAUUCACUGCUUUUGGCCAAAAUAUUAGAAGUAGCUGAAUUGUAAACACGAACCUAAAACCCCAUUUUAAGUGGUUUUUUUGGGUAAUGUAUUAAAAUGGUGUCUCUCCAAUAGCUGUAAUGUGUAAAACGGAGAUUGUAUACUACACUGGAUAAAGGGUGCAGCAUUGAACAGCUGUCUUGGACUCAUUUGGUGUUAGUGGGGAAUGACUGCAAUUGCCAAAACUGGAUUGAGUACGCACAAAUUAUGAAUGGUUUUUUUUUACUUGUAAAUUGUAUAAAAAUGGAUUUAGAUGCAAAACCUUAACGGGACAGUGCUUAAUGUGCUUGUAUUUUUAGUUAUUAAAAACAAUGUGUUUGCAAUUUA